AUGGCCUCUUGGAACAGCGACGGGAUUCGGAUGAGGGAGGCGAAAAUGUGGCUUUUGGUGCUUCUGGUGUGGCUGCUGCCGGUGCUGGAUGCGCUGAAAGUUUCUCCUCUCAUCGAAAAAGUCAACGACCACAAAGACUUCAAGAAACUGCUACGGACCAGGACCAACGUUCUCGUGCUCUACACCAAAUCAGCUUCAUCGGUUGUUGCGCGCCGGCUCCUCUUCACAACCUCACUCCACUUUGGCGACUGCUGCCCCCGUAAACUCCUCUCCGCAGCGGUCCCUGCAUACACCUCCGGAGCCGGUACUGUCGGAGUCGCUGUCUCCGCUGCACUUUUCUCCCCAUGGGGAGCACACCCGGUUGCAGAUCCCGCUCGCAGCAAUGCGCAGAUCACUAGUAAUGCUGACUUAAAUAGUCUCAAGAUCUAUCUAUCUCUGUUUCUGGGACCUGCUCCUGCCCUUCUCCUCCUGCUCUCCUCCUCCUCCUGCUCUCCUCCUCCUGCUCUCCUCCUCCUGCUCUCCUCCUCCUGCUCUCCUCCUCCUGCUCUCCUCCUGCUCUCCUCCUGCUCCCCUCUUCCUCCUGCUCCCCUCUUCCUCCUGCUCCCCUCUUCCUCCUGCUCCCCUCUUCCUCCUGCUCCCCUCUUCCUCCUGCUCCCCUCUUCCUCCUGCUCCCCUCUUCCUCCUGCUCCCUUCUUUCUCCUGCUCCUCUCUUCCUCCUGCUCCCCUCUUAUUCCUGCUCCUCUCUUCCUCCUGCUCCUCUUCCUCCUGCUCCCCUCUUAUUCCUUCUCCCUUCUUCCUCUUGCUCCCCUCCUCCUACUCCCCUCUUCCUCCUACUCCCCUCCUCCUGCUCCCCCCCUCCUGCUUCCCUCCUCUCCCCCUCCUCUUGCUCCUCUGCUCCUGCUCCCCUGCUGCUCCCCUCCUCCUGCUCCCCCCUCCUCCUCCUCCUCCUCCUGCUCCUCAGAUCAGCAGCAGUGUCAGGAGCUCACGGACACUCAUACUCUCCUGCUAAUGUUGCCUCCUUUGCCCUUCUCCCUCUCCGCUGCCUCUCAUCUGAAUAUCAUCACCGCCCCGCAGCCCACGGCACCUCUCUCCUCCUCACACAGUUUUGUCUCCAGCUCUCUCCUCCUCACACUGUUUUGUCUCCAGCCCUCUCCUCCUCACACAGUUUUGUCUCCAGCCCUCUCCUCCUCACACAGUUUUGUCUCCAGCUCUCUCCUCCUCACACAGUUUUGUCUCCAGCCCUCUCCUCCUCACACAGUUUUGUCUCCAGCCCUCUCCUCCUCACACAGUUUUGUCUCCAGCCCUCUCCUCCUCACACAGUUUUGUCUCCCAGCUCUCUCCUCCUCACACAGUUUUGUCUCCAGCCCUCUCCUCCUCACACAGUUUUGUCUCCAGCCCUCUCCUCCUCACACAGUUUUGUCUCCGGCCCUCUCCUCCUCACACAGUUUAGUCUCCAGCCCUCACCUCCUCACACAGUUUAGUCUCCAGCCCUCACCUCCUCACACGUUUAGCUCGGCAGUGUCCUCCUGGCCUGUCCCAUGGCUCGCUCUGGGGGCUUGGGUCCCGGUGUUGACUGCUCUUCUGUCUCUGGUUCUUUUCGCAGCGACGUCGGGGGACUCCCAGCUCAAGCUUCUGUCCAGCGUGGCUCAGACGGUGAAGGGCCAGGGGACCAUAGCAUGGGUCAACUGCGGGGACUCUGAAGGCCGCAAACUCUGUAAGAAAGUGAAGGUGGACCCUGGAUCCAAAUUUGCGGGCUUCGAGAUGCUGCAUUACAAAGAUGGAACAUUUCACACCGAGUACAACAGACCGGCCACUUCCAAGUCGAUGGUGGCGUUCCUCAAAGACCCGUCCGGACCGCCGCUGUGGGAAGAGAACCCAGAAGCAAAAGACAUCGUUCACAUCGAAACCGAAAAGGAGUUCAGAAAGCUGUUGAAGAAAGAAGAGCGGCCGAUCCUCAUGAUGUUCUACGCUCCGUGGUGCGGCGUGUGCAAGAGGAUGCAGCCCAUUUUUCAGCAGGCGGCGAGCGAGACCAAAGGGCGUUAUGUCCUGGCCGGUAUGAACGUCCACCCUGGAGAGUUCGACGGCCUGAAGCAAGAGUACAACGUCAAAGGCUACCCCACGUUCUGCUACUUUGAGAAAGGGAAGUUCCUCCAUCACUAUGAAAACUACGGAGCUACGGCUAAAGACAUCGCAGAUUGGCUCAAAAACCCCCAGGCCCCGCAGCCCAAAGCCCCGGAGGUUCCCUGGUCUGAGUCGGACUCCCCCGUGUUCCACCUCACAGACGACUCCUUCGACAGUUUCCUGCAGGAGCACCCGGCCGCUCUCAUCAUGUUCUACGCCCCCUGGUGCGGUCACUGCAAGAAGAUGAAGCCGGAGUACGACGAGGCUGCGGAGGUCCUGAACAAGGCGGCGGACAGUCCCGGAGUGUUGGCCGCCCUGGACACCACGGUGCACAAAGCCGUCGGCGACCGCUUCAAGAUCUCGGGUUUCCCCACCGUCAAGUACUUCACCAACGGAGAAGACAAAUACACUCUGCCCCAUCUGCGAAGCAAGGACAAGAUCAUCGAGUUCAUGCACAAGUUACAGUAA